UUUGAGGUGAUGUCAUCGUGUCAGGAGGGAAGCAGACUGGCAGUAUCACUCUACUUUGAGACAUUAACUAACAACCAUCUCACAGAAAACCUGCGGCAAGAUGGUGGUACCACUGGUAUUACUUUUCUUUGUGUUUUCACCGGGAUCUGAAGCUACUGAAGCGGGUCUCAGUGGCAAAGUCCUUCUCUUCCCCUAUGAGACAGACUUCAGUUUUGUUAAACUUACACCUCAGAAACCUCUGAGUCUUUCAGCGUUCACCCUGUGCAUGCGCGUGGCGACGGAGCUGCAGGGGGAGCGUCAGAUCAUCCUGUUCGCCUACCGCACGCCCGACUACGACGAGCUGAACGUAUGGAGAGAGAGAGACGGGCGUGUGUCCUUCUAUCUCAGCGGCGAUGGGUUGUUUUUCCACUUACCUCCUCUCUCCACCUUCAGGGUUCACCUGUGCCUCACCUGGGCGUCACGCACCGGGCUCACCGCCUUCUGGGUUGACGGGCGACGCAGUGCGCUCCAGCUGUACAAACCGGGUCACAGCAUCAGCCCGCGGGGCACCGCACUGCUCGGUCAGGACGCGGAUAAACAUCUGGGCGACUUUGAGGCGGUGCAGAGUUUUGCUGGUGAGCUCACAGACCUGAACAUGUGGGAUUAUGUCCUCACCGGGAAUCAGAUUAAAGCCUUGUACUUUAACCAAGCCCAGCGUGUGCCUAAAGCAAACGUGUUUGAUUGGAACACCAUCGAAUAUGAGAUUCAGGGCAAUGUGUUAGUGGUGCAAGAUGAUUAAAACUUCAAGGUCAUUUACAUAUAUGCACAAAUGUUAACUAAAAUGUUUAUUUUCAGAUGACGUCACUUGAACUACAUUACUCAAACUGCUACUCGCUAAAAAGCCAACACAUAACCAGUAGAGAUCAACAGAGAUGAUUACAGUUCCCAUUAAAACCAAUAAUCCAUUGGUAGCAUCUGUAAUGCUCUCUAUUGUUCUUUUGCAGAGUAGGCCUAUAUAUUGUUUUAAGCAAGUAAUGCAAAUCUCAUUUGAACCUGUAGGCUACAUAUCAACAUUACCUCUGGUUGAAUCUUCCUUCCUUGUAAACACAUUAGAUAUAUAGAUGAGUUUGAGUUUAUUAGUGUUUAAAACAUACAAUGUAAACAAAAUUUGGGAACUAACAGGCAUUUUUAAAACAGGUGUUUUAAUUCUCAGUGUUGGUUCCUCAAGACUGCAUUGCCUAAAUGUGACCACAGGGGGGAAGCACAACAUUAGACAAAUGCGUCAAAUGCCCUUCAACGCAUUCAAUUAGGCCUACUUUGCAAAACUUGGAAACAGAACUGUGCUUAAUCGUGAAUUUAGUUAUGAUUAUUCUUGCUUGUACAUUUUGGUAUUUUAAAUGUAAAGACUGCACAAGUUAAAUGCAUAUUUUUAAUAAACCCGAAUAACAGAUUUAGAGCGUUGAAAUGUGUACAAAUAACUCUGAAAAAUAUAUAACUUGGUAUCUUGUUUUCCGUGCAAUUAAACUCUGACUAAAAAUUAAAUGUGUCCGGUUUUGCAACUGGUAAAAAUAAACAUGAGAUGAUCAACUAUAAA